AUGACGGCCCAGGAAGUAGAAGGUGGUGUGGCGGAGCUGAAGCUCAAGGAGCAGGAGGCUGCGGCGGCGGCGGCCAAGGAGGAGAUGACGGUGGAGGACAAGGAGGAGGACGAGGAGGACGAUGACGAGGACGAUGAUGAGGACGACGAUGAGCAUGGCGAGGAGGGCGAUGCUGCUGGCAGCAACAGGAAGGGCAAGCAGAGCCGCAGCGAGAAGAAGGCGCGCAAGGCGAUGCAGAAGCUGGGGCUGAAGCAGCUCACGGGCGUGUCGCGCGUGACCAUCAAGCAGAGCAAGAGCACGCUGUUCGCCAUCUCGCGCCCCGACGUGUUUAAGAGCCCCGCGUCUGACACGUACAUCAUCUUCGGCGAGAUCGAGGACCUCAGCGCGCAUGUGCAGUCGCAGGCCGCGGAGCAGUUCAAGGUCCCAGACUUCGCAGUACCCUCAAAGGCGGCUGAGGGCGAGGCGGCAGUCGAGACGGAGGAGGAUGUGGAUGCCACUGGUGUGGAGGAGAAGGAUAUUGAACUUGUCAUGACGCAGGCUGGCGUCUCCCGUGGCAAGGCGAUUUCCGCAUUGAAAUCCACUGAUGGGGACAUAGUGGAUGCAAUUAUGCGGCUUACAACGUGA